CGGGCGGCAUCUCAGGACGUCACCAGGGAACAGGUUUGCUGGUGCAGCGGACGAGGAAGAGGCACAACAGUGUGUCGUACAGUGAGGGGCUGUUCCCGUAAACUUUCACUGAAAUCCUGGGUGGCCUUCAGAAGAGAACACAGUAAACACCGGAAGGCAACAUCCAGGGUGCCAUUAAGCAAUGAAUAUAGUUUGAAGGAAUUGUCAGGAACAACAAAUUUGAGGACUGCAAGUGACUCAGAGCAUUCCCAGAAACCAGUGUCCUCUCCUGGAGAAGCAUGUGCCUUUGGAAAGCACACUAGAUGAAAAUCAGGUUAAGAGAAAAAAUGUGGAAACUUUCGUUCCUCUAAGUCCUGUGGAAGGGCUGAUAAGUAUGACCUAGAACUCAGGAGAAAGGAGAAUGAUGUGAAGAUGUACAGCCUGAAAUAAAGAAAGGACUGUGUGUACGAAGAGGUCAGCAUGCCCCAGGAUGAUGACUACUUUUAUUGUGAGAAGUGUCAGAAUUUCUUCACUGACAGCUGUGCAGUGCACGGACCCCCUACAUUUGUGAAGGACACUGCAGUGGACAAGGGGCAUCCCCACCACUCAGCCCUCACCCUACCCCCUGGGUUGAGAAUCGGGCCGUCAGGCAUCCCUGAGGCUGGGCUUGGAGUGUGGAAUGAGGCAGCAGACUUGCCAGUGGGUCUGCACUUUGGCCCUUAUGAAGGACACAUCACAGAAGAUGAAGAGGCAGCCAAGAGCAGAUACUCCUGGCUGAUCGCCAAAGCAAGAAACUGCUAUGAGUAUGUGGAUGGAAAGGACAGAUCCUGGGCCAACUGGAUGAGGUAUGUGAACUGUGCCCGGGAUGAUGAAGAGCAGAACCUGGUGGCCUUUCAAUACCACGGGCAGAUUUUCUACCGAACCUGCCGGGUUAUCAGGCCAGGCUGUGAGCUGCUGGUCUGGUUUGGGGACGAGUAUGGCCAGGAGCUGGGCAACAAGUGGGGCAGCAAGUGGAAGAGAGAGCUCUCGGCUGAGAGAGAGAGGGAAAGGAGAGAGAGAGAGAGAAACAUCAAUGUGCGGUUGUUGGGGGUCAUGGCCUGCAACCCAGGAGAAUCAAAGCCAGAGAUGCACCUAUGUCCCUCCUGCUCUCUGGCCUUCUCCAGUCAGAAAUUCCUCAGCCAACACAUGAAAUUCAAUCAUCCCUCCCAGUUUCUCCCGGGAACAUCUGCAAGAAAACACCUCCAAGCAGAGGAACUCUGUCCAGAGGAUCAGAAUCAGCAGCAACAACAUACUAGUACACCCAGCUGGAAUGAUAAAGCUGAAGGUGAAGAGGUCAAAGAAAGGUCAAAACCUUUGCUUAAAACGAUCAGUCAGAGGAGAAUCUUAAGGCCCUUUUUCCAACCUUCCAAAGAACAAAUGACAAGCUCUAGUGAGCAUGAGAGAAUGAUGGAGGAAGAGCCCCACAGAGGCCAGAAAGAGAGUCCAGAGGACACAGGCAAGGUAUUGGUGAAAGUAGGAAUGUCAAGAAUUGUAGCAAUUGAGCACAGAAGCUGUUGGCAAGGCUUCAGUGAUGGGUCACAUCUCAUUACACACCAGGGGACAUACUCAGGGGAGAAGCCCUAUGUUUGCAGGGAGUGUGGGCAGGGCUUUACAGACAAGUCACAUCUCAUCACACACCAGAGGACACACUCUGGGGAGAAGCCCUACGUUUGCAGGGAGUGUGGCCGAAGCUUUACCUGGAAGUCAGUUCUCAUCACACACCAGAGGACACACUCAGGGAACAAGCCCUUUGUUUGCAGGGAGUGUGGGCGGGGCUUUAUCUGGAAGUCUCGUCUCAUCAGACACCAGAGGACACACUCUGGUGAGAAGCUCAAUGUUUGCAGGGAGUGUGGGCGGGGCUUUACAGACAAGUCACAUCUCAUCACACACCAGAGGAUACACUCUGGGGAGAAGCCCUACGUUUGCAGGGAGUGUGGCCGAAGCUUUACAGACAAGUCAAGUCUAAUCACACACCAGGGAACACACUCUGGGGAGAAGCCCUAUGUUUGCAGGGAGUGUGGGCGAGGCUUUAUACGAAAGUCACGUCUCAUCAUACACCAGAGGACACACUCUGGGGAGAAGCCCUAUGUUUGCAUGGAGUGCGGGCGAGGCUUUGCACAGAAAUCAGGUCUCAUCAGACACCAGAGGACACAUUCUGGGGAGAAACCCUAUGUCUGCAAGGAGUGUGGGCGAGGAUUUACUGACAAGUCACAUCUCAUCAGACACCAGAGGACACACUCUGGGGAGAAGCCCUAUGUCUGCCGGGAGUGCGGACGAGGCUUUACAGACAAAUCAGGUCUCAUUACACACCAGAGAACACACUCUGGGGAGAAGCCCUAUGUUUGCAGGGAGUGUGGGCAAGGCUUUGCACAGAAGUUACGUCUCAUCACACACCAGAGGACACACUCAGGGGAGAAGCCCUAUGUUUGCAUGGAGUGUGGGCGAGGUUUUACAGACAAGUCCGUUCUCAUCACACACCAGAGGACACACUCAGGGGAGAAGCCCUAUGUUUGCAGGGAGUGUGGGAGAGGCUUUACACGGAAGUCAGUUCUCAUUACACACCAGAGGACACACUCAGGGGAGAAGCCCUAUGUUUGCAGGGAGUGUGGGCGAGGCUUUACCUGGAAGUCAGCUCUCAUCAUACACCAGAGGACACACUCUGGGGAGAAGCCCUAUGUUUGCAAGGAAUGUGGUCGAGGCUUUAUAGACAAGUCAGGUCUCAUCACACACCAGAGGACACACUCUGGGGAGAAGCCCUUUGUUUGCAGGGAGUGUGGGCGAGGUUUUAUAGACCAGUCACGUCUCCUCAGACACCAGAGGACACACUCAGGGGAGAAGCCCUUUGUUUGCAGCGAGUGUGGGCGAGGCUUUACACAGCGGUCACAUCUCAUAAGACACAAGAGGACACACACAGGGGAGAAGCCCUAUGUUUGCAUGGAGUGUGGGCGAUGCUUUACGGACCCAUCACAUCACCUCAGACACCAGAGGACACACUCUGGGGAGAAGCCCUAUAUCUGCAGGUGGUAGGGUGAGGCUUUAUUGAAAAGUCAGAUCUCAUCAGACAUCAGAGGAGAAGCCCUAUGUUUGCAGGGAGUGUGGGUGAUGCUUGACACAGAAGUUAGUUCUCAUCAUACAUUACAGGACACACUCAGGAGAGGAACUCUGUGCAGGGAGUGUGGGCAAGGCUUUACACAGCAGUCACAUCUCAGACACCAGAGGACUCAUUGUGGGGAGAAGCCCCGUAUUUGCAGGUGAAGGGAAUCAUUACCAUUAAAUCACAUGUCAAUAGCCCUACGAUGUCCAUGGAUCGUUAGUCUCCCCAAGAUUGUAAUUAGUACAGAAGUAACUGGUUAAACAAACCCUCCAGUUUCAGGACAAGAGAUGAGAUUGACAAACAGUUCCAUGAGUGAUAUGGGAAUGUCAGCACCAAUCUUCUUCAUGG